AUGAAUCCACCAGCCAUCCUCUUUGUCAUGCUGAGCGCACUCAUCACACAGGGGGCAGCUUCGACUUACCAUUGGCAGAGACAACAGAAGCUGUCAAGCAAAAUUAAAUAUGACCACAAAGGUUGCGGCUGUUUGAAUGGAGGGACUUGCUUGACUUACGGGCUGUUUUCUCAAAUUAAGUCCUGCGUGUGUCCUGAAGGGUUUGAUGGAGAUCACUGUGAGAUAGAUGUUGAAACCAGAUGUUACACUGGGGAUGGCACCGAUUACAGAGGGACUGAGUCAGAGAAUGAGAAUGGGGACAGGUGUCUGUAUUGGAACUCUGAGUUACUCAAGAGGUGGCCCUACAAUGCGCACAUGGAAGACGCGCUGGAGCGUGGCUUAGGCAAACACAACUAUUGCAGGAAUCCAAAUGGCCGUUCUAAGCCAUGGUGUUAUGUUCGGAAGGGAUUUCGCACUUCUGCGACACCUUGUGACAUACCCACAUGUCAAACCCCCCGCAGGGCGUGUGGCCAGAGGAACAUAAUCAGGAGCUUCAAGAUUGUGGGUGGGCAGAUGGCCCCCAUUGAGUCCCAGCCUUGGAUAGCCACCAUCUUCCACUCCAGAGGGAACCAGUUUUUUUGUGGUGGCAGCCUCAUUGACCCCUGCUGGGUCCUCACAGCAGCACACUGCUUCUCGGGCAUUGGCUCUGAUACAUCCAGGCUCAUCAUUAGGCUGGGAAGGUCUGCAACGAACGUCACCAACGCAAAUGAUCAAGAAUUUAGUGUCGAGAGGCUUAUUAUUCACGAGGCGUACUCACAACAAAACAGAGAUUAUAACAAUGAUAUCGCUUUAAUCAAGAUCAGGUCCCCUUCUGGCCAAUGUGCGAAAGAGUCGGGCAUUGUCGGAACCAUCUGUUUGCCCUCAGAGGAUUUGAGGCUGAGAGAUCAUUCCCACUGUGAAGUUUCUGGCUAUGGAAAACAAAACAAAACAGCCAUUUACUACUCGCGAGUACUGAAAUCAGCCAAUGUACAGUUAAUGCCCCAGUCCACGUGUAAAAGAUACUACGAGGGUCACAGGGUGAAUGAGAACAUGCUCUGCGCUUCAGACUCGGCGUGGAAGUCGGACUCGUGCAGCGGAGAUUCGGGUGGUCCCCUCACCUGCAUGUAUGGCGGCAGGAUGCUCCUCUACGGGAUCGUCAGCUGGGGAGACGGCUGUGCAAAGGAAGGGAAGCCCGGCGUGUACACGAGAGUCAGCAGAUACAUCCCAUGGAUUGAAUCCAACAUGAACAGAAUCCAUUUCAGAAGCUUCUACCCUCCGAAAUGAAGCGGGGGUUGUUUGGUGUGUGUUUCCGCUGCUUGGCGUUAGCCAUGAUGAUGUCAGACACAUGGAACUUGAGCCAAGUCUUUGCAGGUGUUGAAGUGCCCAGCCCUGCGUUGGAGUUGGUGGUUCUUUUCAAGGUUUUGUGGGAUCCCUUUGUCAAAGUUCAGGCAAUUUCUCUCUGAAGGAGAGACGCUCAAGCCACUGCUGAGAAGGGCACAAAAACCAUCCCACGCCAAGCCAGCCUGCCUCGCUCGUCAAUAAGACACGGAGCUGGGAUUUAGAUCAUGCCCCCAGAAGGGCUGGUGUUAUACAAUCGUGA